CUUCUGUGAGUGAGGAGAGCAAAAUAAAGUAAACUGACAUAUUACAGCCAGAUAUUCUUCAUACAGCGACUACCAGUCAAAAAUAUGGCACCAAAUAUUCUUCCUCCACUUUGAGCUGAUGAUGUUUUCUGUAAUCGCUAAUGCUCCUUUUACACACACACUGAACAACAUGAAGCAUUGCUUGGUCACUGGUUGAGCUAAACUGCUAUUAUCUAAUUGUGGAGUUCAAUUUAACAGCUGACCAGUCACAAAACCAGUGAGUUAUUAUCAUAUUUCAUUACUAUAGCGAAUAUAAUGUGAGAAAUGUUGGGGGAAAAAAAGACAUUUUGUUUAGACUGUAACAAGGACACUGUAAAUAAAGUGUUAGUUCUAGUUAAUGAUAAUAAGGCUGAUGAACUUGAGAAAGAAGGAUGACCGAUUACACACACCGAUUGACCGAUUACACACACCGAUUGUCUUGAGUUUAAUGACUUCCAGAUGAAACACACAUUCCAGCCUGUCAAAGAAGGAGGAGAAACAGGGACUACGGUCUCUCUCUCUCUGUGAUCUUCUGUUUAUUUCCAGGUCGUGGUGUCGGUCCGGACGGGAGGAACAGAAUGACGGUCCUGCAGCUUCUGCUGAUGUGUCAGAUGUCCAUCACAGCGUCCCUGCACUGGAGGAAAGCGCUGUACCCAUCAGCCUUCCGAGUGAGGCGCGGGACGCCAGCUCUGCUCAACCCCUCGUUUCAGAAAUCUGUGGAAGACGCCAGCCUUCUCUAUGAGGUGUUGUUGUCAGGCGCGUACAUGGACGCCUCACGCGGGACGCUCCACGUAUCCGAUCGGGAACUGGCGUCCAUGCGAAAGCUUGAGGUUCUGGAGGUCCUGUGUGAAGACGUGCUUCCCAGAAGCCUCUCUGAGAUCCGGCGUCUCAGUGCGCAGCUGUCAGUGCGUCGUGGAUCGCUGCGGAUGGAGGACUUCGAGCGCACGGUCCUCACGAUGGUGUUUACUGCACAACAACUACAACACACCCACCCCGGCCACCAGAGGGAGCUGUGGGCAAACGCACUCCUACAACUAUAUCAAGCCAUUAAAGAAGACCUGUGGCCACAAACCACUGCCAAUUAAUGAGAGGACUGAACACGGAAGUGACUUAAUCUGCAGUUCAUCGACUGGCCACUAGAGACCGGCUACAAAUAAGAGCCAAUCCCAUAGACCUCCAUGUUAAAAUGCCCAACUUUACAGCAGAAACAAAUGUGUUUACAGCCUGGUGCAAAAAGUAGUUUUGGUCUAUAUGGUUAAUUUUGUCCUUCUUGACGACUGUGAGGGGGUGAAUUUUUUUUUUUUUAUAACUCAUUCGUUUAAUUAAUAUUAAGCCUUAAAGUUGUGCAUAAUUAAGGGCGUGGCCACUUGAGUGACAGGUGGAUUGCCGCUGAUGUCACUGCUAGCCGUUUUUAGCGUCAAGUCUCCUCAGUUAAUCCGCAUCGCUGCCCAUUUUCGUUUACUUUCUCCGCCCACUUUGGGCUUAAAUGCUCUUCAGAAACCCACAGGUGACAUCACAGACACUAUGUCCAUUUUUUUUACAGUCUAUAGUCUCAUAUCACGAAUCCACUGCUCUGCUUGUCAACCGGUGACCACAGAGAUCGCAGAUAUCAGGGGAAAACAAUGCGAAAUGCAAAUAAUAAAAUGCAUGUAGUCAUGUAGAGCUAGUCAAAUUAGACAACAAUCGCAAUGCAAUAUAUAUUUAUUUUACAUAAUAUUUGCAAAUAACUCUAAAUAUAAUAUUUGAACUUGCAGAAUUAUAAUUUAGAUAGCAACUUCUUAAUUAUAGUCCCAGAGAGCAACAUAACGUGGGCUGGAUCUGGGCCGACAUUAUGGGGUAUUUUUCACUAAUAACUUGGUUUUGACCCGAUGUUAAAGAGGAAUUACAGGAGUCUGGUGAAUAUGAAAUCUUGUUUGCAUAAGUUCACCUUCACGUUCUCUGCAUGUGUGUUUUGUGGGUCCGGCUCACAGUCUGCAGGAUGAGCUCUGCUGUCCUUGUGUGGCUUGUCGUUUUUCCUGAGAUAAUGAAUAUCCUGAUAUAAUCAUUAUCGCGUCCUUGACCGUGUUUCCCUGUCAUCUUCACCUGGAAGUGUCCCCAGCGGCACACCAGAACCUGCUGAGAUGUGUGACUGUGUGAUACUGUGAGAAUCUGACUGAUAUUAAAGUUCAAACUUCACAUAUGACUGCGGUUCUCAUUUCACAGUGUUUUAUUAACACCUCAGGCCGUGUUUCAGCAUCUCUGACAGCUGAGAAACAGCAUUAAGACUGAAUGAGAAGAUGAUCAACAAAUGAUCAAAACACAGUGGAUCCAGAUUCCAGACUCACAAAAACUUCCCUGUGUGUCUGUUAUGCGCCUGUAGCGCCAUCUAUAUGCUACAGAUAUAAUUAAAGCUAUAGAGAACUUUUGUGGCAGUAUAAUAUAAGUAUAGUAUAAAAAUAUUUACAUAUAACUG